UCCUGGGCGAUGCAGCAUUAGUAUGAAGUGCGGUGGGAGAAGCGAUUAGCCGAACGCGGGGGUCGUUCACGUCACGCCUAGCUAGCGAUAUUGCUAUGUUGAGUCGCGCGCGCGCGCGUGUGUGUGUGUGUGUUGGUCGGGAUGAGACGAGCCAUCGAGUAUAUUAAACCGGAAUAUUGGAUCCCGGUGUGUGGAUAAAUCAUUCAUUAGCACACAGUCAUGGCCGGACUGAUCAAGAAGCAGAUCCUCAAGCAUCUCUCCAGGUUUGCUAAGAACCUGUCCCCAGAUAAGAUCAACCUGAGCACACUGAAGGGAGAGGGUCAGCUGACCAAUCUUGAGCUGGAUGAGGAGGUCCUGCAGAACAUGCUGGAUCUGCCUACAUGGCUGGCCAUCAACAAAGUCUUCUGCAACAAGGCAGCGAUCCGGAUCCCAUGGACCAAGCUGAAAACACAUCCUAUAAGCCUGUCACUGGACAAAGUGGUAAUGGAAAUGAGCACUUGUGAUGAGCCACGGCCACCCAAUGGACCCUCUCCCAUAGCAACAGCCUCAGGUCAAAGUGAGUACGGUUUUGCCGAGAAGGUAGUAGAGGGCAUUUCUCUGUCUGUGAACUCCAUCGUCAUCCGGAUCAGUGCCAAGGCCUUUAACGCAUCGUUCGAGCUCUCUCAGCUGCAGGUCUACAGCGUUAACACCAGCUGGGUGACCAGCGACCUGCGCUACACACGCAUUCUGGACCCUGCCCGUGGGGAGAUCCUGACCUUUAAGGAGAUUAGCUGGCAGAUGAUUCGGAUAGAGGCUGAUGCCAUCCAGAGCUCUGAACAUGAGGUGCUCAGCGCCCCGAUUCGUCUCAUCACCAAUCAGUCUAAGAUCAGAGUCACGCUCAAGAGGAGGAUGAAGGACUGCCAUGUCGUGGCGUCUAAACUGAUCCUGAUCCUGGACGAUCUGCUGUGGGUGCUGACGGACUCGCAGCUCAAAGCCAUGGUGCAGUACGCCAAGUCUCUGAGUGAGGCCAUGGAGAAAUCAGCGCUGCAGAGGAAAAGCAUGGCAACUGACUCUUCUCAGGCAACGGCGGUGCCCGUCUCUGCACCGCAGGUACACACACAGCAGGCCUCGGCUGCAGUAGACCCAAGUGCCUCCAUGGCUCACCUCUUCAAUGCCUUUAACGUGUGUGAAACCUCCCACCACCUGCAGAUCACACACCUCGACUUGCACAUCUGUGAUGACAUCCAUGCCAAGGACAGAGGGAUUGAUAAGAGGAUUCAAGGUGGGGCCAUGCAGCUCUCUUUUAGUUCCAUCACUGUAGACUACUAUCCGUUCCACAGAGCAGGUGAGACCUGUCAGCACUGGAUGCACUACAGUGAUGCCACUAAGACCCGUGAAGGCUGGGCUCGUGCUCUGCUGGAAGAAUAUAAGUCUAACAUGGAAAUGCUCAAAAACGCCAUCAGUGGACAGUCCCAGUGCUCUCCUCAGCAUGAGGAGCCGAAUGCUGGUGUAGUAGUUAGGCAGCUGGACUCUGGUGCUGAAGCUUGGGAUCCGUUCCCACACUGCUGCUGGUGCCUGGAGCCAGGCAAAAUCUCUACAAACACUAGUACAGCCUUUUCUCAACCAUCCAGCCCCAGGGCCCAGCUCAUGUCCAGCUCCAUCGUACUGCGCAUGGCCGACUUUAGUAUUUACCAGGUAUCAACAGCGGACCAGCGGCGCACCUCUCCUAAGGCUAUGAUAUCCUGUAAUAAGAAAACGCUGUACCUCCCACAGGAGAUGCCUGCUAUCCAUAUGGAAUUCACAGAGUAUUACUUCCCUGAUGGAAAGGAUUAUCCCAUUCCCUGCCCAAACCUAUACGUGCAGCUGAAUGCCCUCCAGCUAGUCGUGGAUGCACAAAGCCUGGUGUGGCUCAACCUGUUUGCUCUGGAUUUGCGCCACAACCUGCUCCAAUUUAUGGAGCUCUACAAGCUCAACGACUCCCAAAAACCAGAUGAACACAUCGACGUGAAAGUAGAUGGUCUCAUGCUAAAGUUGGUGGUCCCGGGUGAUAAGAGUCAGUCCCAGCCAGACCAGCCCCGCUCCAUUUCCAUCCAGACAUCUGAAAUGGUGGCUACGAACACGCGGCACUCGACUGGCUGCUCCCGCUCGGACCUCGAAGCGCUGCUGCAGGCUUUCCGAGAGCAGGCGUUCUUCACCUCCUCCACAUCCUCCUCAUUUCCCGUACUCCAUCCAGUCUUCCAGCGGCAUGCACAUGAAAGGGACACGUGCCUACAUGAUGUUUACCGUGGCCUGGCACCUCCUGCAUUCAGCACUACUGCCCUCAGGGCACCAUCAGCCACCGAUCUGUGGGCCCUACGCUUUACCCAGUUUUGGGUGGACUACGAGGGUCCUCGAAGCCACCGGCCCUCACCAUGUGUUGAUUCCUUCCCACUUACCCUGUGGCUGUGCCAGCCUGCCCGCUAUGUUCAGUACCAGCAGCGGACCAAGGUGGCUGCAGGCUCAGGGAUGAUUCCGACUGACAUCAGUGAUCGGCUACAGAGGAAAAAGCUGUUGAAGGAAUAUUAUAGCACUGAGACAAUGGACAACCAGCCAACUAAUGGCCUGCACAAGCCUUUCUCUCUGGAUGGACUGAAUGCUGCUGAGUCUUCCUCUGUUCCCUCUUCUUCUUCUUCUUCUUCUUCAUCUUCAGCCACAGGAGACGCAGACAUGCAGGUGUUGUUACAUGUACAGAAGAAGCUAAGUGUGCAAGCUAACCAUAGUCAGUAUGUGUUCCUGCUGAAACUGCAGCAAACACUGAAUUCACUACAGCGCACACUGCAGCAGGACCUGCAGCGGCAUGGCCUGGCACAGCAAGGUACCGGAGGGACAUAUGGUGCGUGUGUGGGCAUCCUGGUGAGCAGUGCAGAGGUUGCACUGCUGCUGAAGCCUGUGCCAUCAGCUGACGCAGACAGUAGCCCUCUAGGCUCUGAGCUCUCGCCGUCUGGGAGCCGAGCCACUCUGGAGGUUGGCAGUGAGGCAGGGGACAGCACUACAGGCACAUCUAAGCUCACCUGCCCUGUGGAACAGCUGCUGUGUGUGGACACAGAGAUACAGAGCCAGAGUACUGCACCUCUCCUGCCUUUUUCAGCAACUUCCAAAACUGAUAAGAAAAGUUCCAUCGAGGAGACAAAUGCAUGCUCAGGUCCAGAGGAGAAAAGAAAUGGAGCAGAUAAGCUUCAGGAGGGCAAGGAGGCAAAACCUGAGCCCAAAGCACAGCAGAGUGAGGCUUCCCAGGGCAGGACUAUGGCAGGGGACUCCAUGGGUGAGCCGAUAUCUAGGGACUGGAAUGACAAGAACCAGGGAACCAGACUACCUCAGUCUAUGUCCAGUGGGCGCCUGAUGAGGGAUCGAUCGCAAUCGUCUUUUUCUGUGACGUAUAAGAACAUGAAGAGUCCUUCCCUGCAAUCUCUGGACAACAUCUCCUUAGACAGUUCCUUACUGGAGGACUGUGAUUCCUACAGCCUACCGGAGAGAGACGAUGUGUCUAUAUCUGGAUUUAAAGCCCUUUCAAGUGACCCGAGUGCCGCUGAUCGUGCCACUGAGGCUAUGGUGCAGGAUAGAGAAGAUUCCCAGUCACUCGAAGCAGUCAGUGCCACCUCCCAGAGUACCGACGAGCACAUCAAGGAUCUGGUGUCUGUGCUGGUCCUGAAGCUGCACUCAGUGUGUGCCUCACUGAAUGUGAAAGGGGAUAACUCUACUCUAGCUCUGGAGGUGGGGCAGGUCCGCACCAAUCAUCUCGGCAACAUCAGUCUACGCCAGUAUCUUAGCAACCACAGUCUCGGCUCAGGCUCAGACCAGGAGCCCCGCAGUAAGCAGCUGGAUCCAGAGGUCCGAGUCCGGCUGGAGACUGGCCCAGAAGCAGCUGCUCACUCCCCACUGGCUGAACACAAUGGCUUCCUGCAAUGCCAGCUGCAGGCCUUAAACACUGACCUCUUCAUGACCUCUUUGCGAAAUCUUUCCACCUUUCUAGAUGAUAAUUCGGCUUCUCACGUACUCCCGAUGGAGAUCACGAUCCAGGAUACACACAUCAACCUGAAGGAUGAUGGUCACCGGGACAGCCCUUCAGAGUCGGAACCCACUCCCAUGUCCUUACAUAUCCACAAUCUCCUGGUGCUGCGCAGGGAUGAUGGCUCCUUCCAUAUUGGAGUUGAGCCUGCUCCACAGGUAGAGCCUCAGAAGAUGGAGCCUGUUCCUGACAAAACACCUACUUCUGAAUGCCUAUUCCUGAACGCUCCUGAAGUGCGUGGGGUUGUGGCUAGCGAGUCGAAAGAAACACAGACUGCACCUCAGUCACCCACCAGAGCCGUCCCCACCAGCAGUGAAAAGAUGCUAAUGGAGGAGAACGAGUGUUUGAAACUAGAACUAUCCCGAACCAAGAUGGCACUUGCAGAGGCCCAGAUGGAGAAAGACUCCUUGUUGCACCGUAUGAAGAACAUCAAGCUCUCCAGCUAGAGCUGCACAGAUCCAUGGAAUAGCAAGCUGUCCCUCUUCUCACUUCCUCUCAUCUUUCCCUUCAUCAAGUCUUCUCUGUUUUUAUGAUGGACUGCCCAUAUUUUUACUCUUUUCAGUCUGUGGGGAUUCAGAGGAAUCUGUUUGUCUACGUGAGUGAGUGUGUGUGUGUGUGUGUGUUUGUUUGUUUGUUUGUGUGUAUACACACUUGUCUUAAAUAGUUGACUCUGAAUGUUAUAUUUUGAAAUGAAUGUCUUAAAAUAAAAGACAAUUUGCACAACACUGAGCUAUAUAUAACAAAAUGUACAUAUUAAUAGUUAUUUAGCUAUAAGCAGAUUGUGCUUGUGUGUACAGCACGGAGAAAUGCAGAAGAAUGUUUUUGUAAAAAGUUUUGAAUGGUCUUGUUUUUGUGUGUGUGUGUGUGUGUGUGAGACAGAGGGAGAAUAAGACAGUUUUUUAUAUAUUGUUUUAGUAUCUGAAAUAAGCAUUUUCUUAAUUGCUUCAUUCCAUGCACACUACAGUGACUUCCAUAACACCAGAUUGCACAUAGCUUUAGAAUUUUUGUGUGUACUGUACGUAGAGUUGUGUUUAGAAUGCAGCACUUUUCUAAUUGUAUUAGUUGUUAGCCGGUGUGUUUCUGCAAUCAUAGAAGAUCUCUCUGGUAUGUGAGUGUGUGAGUGAGUGUGUGUGCACUAACAUUCAUUGUGUGGUAAGACAUUCUGUAUAUUCAUAGGACUAGCGUUUUUUUAUCAACUAAAGUGCUGCACAGUGUUUGCAGUUGCCGUGCUGCCUGAGCCUCUGUGGAGAUUUUCACAAUAAGACCAUUGUGUUAUAAGAAGAUAAUAUUUCUAGCUUUUCUGUAUACAUGCUUGUUUUUUUUUGUUUUUUUAAUUCAGAACAUUUUUCAGCAUUUGCCUAUUGUUAGGGUGUGACUCAGAUGGAAACCAAAUUUAGUUGAAUUAAAUGUACUGUUUAAGGGAUUUCAGUGUGUUGAUGCUGAAAGGGCAUACGUCCUAUGUUUGUACGUGCAGUAGUCAUUUGUGUAUUAAUGCUUCUUAGUUUAGACCAAAGCUGUUCAUGUUCUCUGCCAUGGCUCGUGCCCUCUCCUUACCACAGCCUGUCCUCAAUCGGAACAAAAUCAGCCGUAUUCCAUACGUAGAAAAUGUACAGAUGAAAACAUCAAAUAAUUUAUUAUGGAAAGCUGCUGGAUGAAAUAAAAAUAAUAAAACUGAAUCUUUCUAGAAUGUGGCUGUUUUUCAUACAUGCCUUUUCUUCUGUGCUUUAAGAUGCAAUAAUAAAAAUGUAAUUUUUUUUUCAAAUUUUGGAUUUUUAAAGCUAAAAUAAACAGUUUGUAGUGAUGUUA